UAAACAAUCAUGUUUGUAAUUUAAAAAAAAAUUAGCUUACUAUCCCAUUUACAUUCACUUUCAAAAUAUUAAAAAUUACGAUUAAUAAAAAUACUAAUUAUGAUCAAGUCCCUUUAUGUUUUUCUAAUUUCAUUAAAAAGAAUUAAUGCAUUCUAUUAAAAUUAAUAAAUGAAAAAACAUUUUUAAAUAUUUUAUAAUAUAUUAUUUCUAUGACCACUUGUUCUUAGCAACAACCACCGCUAAAGUUUUGAUUUCUUGCUAAAGAAUAAAGUGUAGUUUAUUAGCCAUGCCAGUCUACAUACGAAGCGGGGAAUUGAACAUUCCUGCUCCGAGCAUCAGCACAGUUGAUGAUGAGGACGAGGAUGGUGUUUAUCUUCUCGAUCCUGAGCUCGUCGUGGAUGAGCUGCCUCAACCAUUCCGAAUGAUCGAUAAAGUCCUCACUGGGAUUGUGGAAGAUGUUUGGGAUGAGAUUGUGGAUCGGGAGAAGAAACGAGAGGAAGAGAUGAGAAGAGUGAGGCCUCCAGUGUAUAAUCCAACAUCCAAGGUUGAGGAGUUCACAAAUUUAUCAUGUAUGGUUCACAGCAAUGAUGCAAGGUAUAUGUUUGUUGCAUUUGAAACUGGAGACCUUGUUGCAUUUGAUGCUGUUACCCAUGAUCGUGUAGCACAGUGGGUUUCUCCAGAUGAGACCAUUUGUUUUGAGAAGUUAAACUGUGCUGUUAUCGGAACGCAAACCUAUUUAUUAGCAACAAUUGAUGACAUGGGAUUUUCACGACUUAUUGUUUUUACUGGGGAUGGAUUUCAUGUUAUUCAACUUUUAAAUGAACAGCCCGAGGGAAGUCCUAAGUCGAAUGCGGUGAAAUUUCAACUUUCUGUAAAUGGUGACUUCUGUGGCCUUUCUCUUGAAUGUGAAGGUGUAUCAUGGGUGGAUUUUUACAAACUACCCAGAGAUAAUUGGCUUCGGGAAAUUGAAAAUGCUCAGAAAGAUGCUUUGAAGCGAGCACAAGCAAGCAGUGAAUCUGUUAGCAUACCCCCUGGAGAAGCCAAUGAAUUAGCAGCUGUGGCAUCAGAAAUUUUCGAGAUAAAGUUUUCAGCAAUUACUCUUGUCCAAAAAGUAAAGCAGCCAGUGUCACUGAGUGGUUCACUUACUACCAACCAACAAGAAGCAAUGGAAAAGGCAGGCAUUACCAACAGUGUUGGAAACGGAUCAGCUCAUUUGCUAUCUGAAAAUCAUUUGCGACUUCGGAGAGAAGUAACCAAGAAACUACAUAAAGAGGAAAUGCAGUUUCUUGAAGAAAAGCCCCAUUUCUUUCCCCAUGCUACCUGGCACUUUCUUUUACCUUCCAGAAUGCAGCACGAAGUUCACCCCACUGGUCCUGGGUUUGAAACAACUCCAAUUUCAGUUUGUGUUUGGUGGAGUGAGUCAAAUCUGAUGCAAACUUAUUCCAUCGUCUCCAAAAACGUAAAAGAUCCCGAGCAUAAGCCUGAGAUUGUGUGGCCAAUGAUGGCAACUAUAAAAGCAACUUCUGCCAGCGUUUGUACUUCAGUUAUUGCUGUCGGACUCGCUGACGGAAAAGUCGCUGUUUUCGACCGUCACCUAUGCACACCAAGAGCCAUGAAAAGUAUUGAGGCAAACGUCUCCGUGCGUGACUUGCACGUUAUAGAUGGUUCUAUUGAAGGCCCUACCAUACAACGCACCAAUCCCCCGCCUUUGUACGUUCUUAUAGGCCUUACCAACGGCGCUGUGUAUUCGCUUGAUUGCAACAACGACGUAUGCCGACAACUAGUAAAAAAUGAAACGGAUAAAGAGGCUUAUUCCCUUUUCACUCCAAUUCCUGGCUUGCCGAAGAUAUUUCUUAUCGCAUCGUUACAAAACACGGUCCGCCUGUGCGAUUCCCUGACCGGCCAUAUAGUUUGCGAGUUACAGGUGUCCGAGUCAUUAGAACCAAUGGAAAAUCGCAUCUCUUUCGCUUCAGAAGGCGAUGUUUUGUUCGCGAAAGACGACGAUUCUUGUGUGUUUAGCUAUUCCCUUCGCAGUUUCCCCUCCCUUGACGUUUACCGCGAUUCCCAGUGCGUUCCACACCCCCUGACUUUCAAGGAGACGAUUUCCGAACGGUGCCAGCGUUUGCUUACGGAACGAACGGCAAAGCAGAACUUCCGAAACGAGACUCUCGCCGUUAGGUGGCGAAUGAUGAACAGGGAGCUGGGAAUCCUGGUCCAUUUAAAAGCGUCAAUCAAAACACCGGCUACUACAUCGUCCACACCUAUGUCUCGCUGGAACCAAACCACUGGCAAAGUAAUGGCCCAUAACAGAGCGUUGACGCAUUAAACUUUUUAUACAAGAUUAUUUGGACAUAGCAGAGUUUUUUUUUGUAGCAAUUUAAAAAAUAUUUUUGUUGUGCCAAAAUCGUCAAUAAAUAACACGUGCAUUUUGGUGUGAAACACUA